UGAUGGAGCUGCGCUGGUCAUUUCACUGGAUGGUCUGAAUUCUAAAAGGAGCUGCAGAGACAGAGGAAUGAAGAAAAGGACUGAAGAGCUCCAGCUGUUGAUGUCCUCAGGUCACUCGAUCCACAAAGAGCUGCAGGUGAUCAACUGCCUCCUGGAUCACACAGGAGGUGCAGCAGCCCGUCAGUUCUGGAGGAGCAGAGGCUGCAGGUCAGGCUCUGUAAGACAGACACCAGCAUCCUCUGAGGAGAAUGCACGUCUUUCAUCAAUCACGUCUUCUUUAUCCUCUCUUGUCUCAGAGGACGCCCCGUGGACGAGACUCAUUUUAAAUGUGCAGGACAUUUUCAGUCUGAUCGGAAUUAAUUUAAACAUCGUGACCCAGCAAGAUCCAUAUCAUAGCUUUAUCAUUUUCUGUGAUCAGGACCUACCAAUAAAAGGUCUGGGGGACAUCUGCUGCACAGAAGACUGUAGGACGUCUUUAGGGGAUACCGGUUGGUAUAGCUGUGACAGCAACGCUUUGAGUGAUUUGACAAACUUCACUGCCCACAGUCCCACCAUAAACAUCAACAACUCCAACAGGAACCAACAUGAUCUGGUUGUCAGAGACAGUUUGAACACCUCCUUUCAAAUCUGUGACACUCUAGGACGAUCAUCCGUGAGGGACAGGACUGUAAAGAAGAGGAAGAGUGUGUCCUUUGAUGAUGACGUCAUGGUUUACCUGUUUGAUCAGGACAGUCCCACUAUGGAGCUGCACCCUGAGGCCUGCACAGUUCUGCCAGAGGACACUUUAGAAGAAGACAGUGGCCUGGAGUGGGACGACGACUUCUCAGUUCUCGAGAAAAUCAACAACAGCUGCCAUUUUCACUCUGUCACACACUCUCAGUUUCCUCUGUCCCGACGUCUCGUUCUGUCCCAAAGCUGCCUGUUCCUCACUCAUGUCACUGAGGCAGACCUCGAGCUGUGAGAUAAUUUGUGCACAUACUGAGGUGUAGGUGCUGAUUUUUGUGACACAGCGGGGUCAAACUUUUGUCAGGCAGAGGCGACCUCACUGUCACCAUGGCCCGGUUAGGUGUUGUUGUUCUAUCAGACAGACAGUAGCCUCGACCUCGUCAUGGAAAAACUGACUCAUCUUCAGGAUCCUCUUCACCUCCCCCCUCCUGUUUUAUGAUGAGUCAGGGAUUUUAAUGGCUUUCUUUCUCUCUCUGACCCAAAUGGAUUCAGAACACCUGUCGUCUGUGACAUCACAGCCACGCAGGACGGUGUGACGGUGCAUUCAGCUGCCACUGUGAUGAUGGGAUCAAAACAACCUGUUGCACAACAGAGUUGGUUCCCGUCCAGACUGUGUCCUUGGACCGGAAAUUUCAAACAGAAACAGAAAUACUGUCCAUUCCAGUAAAUGAAAUUUAAUAAAUGAUCAUUUGAUCAUAAUGUGUUCACCAGAUUCCAGCUUGGUGGUGUUGUGUUGUUUGUGGAGUUAGUUUAACUCAAACAUGGCAUGGUGCUUGUGGAGUUGUGUGUUUGCUCGCUUCAUUACUGAAGUGUGUUGAGCCCUGAAUUUAUCAGUGACUCUGUGGCUGAAUAAAUAGACUGAGCCUUCAGGGCCACCAGAGCCACAAACUGAACAAACUCACAGUCACAGAUAAUGUUUCCACACAGCAACACCACCACCACCAGCAGCUUCGGUUGAUUAGAUACAGUGUACCUGCACCCACACACACACACACACACACACACACACACACACUGUUCAAGGACACCAAAAGCUAAAAAAGUUUGGCUCUCUGGAGGUGGGAGCGCCACACCUGCACAUUAUUGUUGAUGUUAUAUGCUUGUGAUAUUCUAACAUCAGUCGUCUUGUGGCUGAAACUAUUGACCACGAUCAUAAAGUGUUCUUAUUUUUAAUUAUAUAGGCUACCAAAAAAGUUUGUUUUUAUUAUUGUCUUGGGCUUCAGCCCUGUCAGCCCUGAAUGUUAUUUCUAUAUAUAUAUAUCCCUGAUCGCAACAGGCUUAUAUUUGGGACAGGAAUCUAAUUAUAUGGGCAAGGCUUUUAAUUCUUUUCACAUAAUUUUGUUGCUUAGCAAAGAUUGGAAAUUCAAUCAAGUUGUUUCAUUAAACCUCUCUUUUUUUU